AUUGGCUGUGCUCACGCUGGUGCUGAUGUGGUGUUCUGAAGUUAGCAACGCUGGUCGGCCGAUUCAGACAGAUUCUUUGGUUUAAAAUAAAGUUUACUUUGUUACAAUAAUGCCUUACUAUCAGACUUGGGAGGAGUUCGCCCGCGCAGCAGAAAAACUGUAUCUGACAGACCCCAUGAAGGUCAGAGUGGUCCUGAAAUACAGACACUGCGACGGAAACCUUUGCAUCAAAGUGACCGACAAUGCUGUGUGUUUACAGUACAAGACAGACCAGGCCCAGGACGUGAAGAAGAUCGAGAAGCUGCACGGAAAACUGAUGAGACUCAUGGUGUCCAAGGAGACGCACAGUGGCGCCAUGGAGACAGACUAACAUGCUCUAGAAGCGCUGACCUUCCCGAGCACCUGGACUGAGUUCAGUGGACACAGCGGUUGUUGAGAGCACAGUACCAUCGCAGUGCAGUAUGGAGUCUGAGAGGCGGGUGGUGUGAGAUUGAUGUGGCUGCCUACACUGACUUAAUACAGUCAGAGAUGUGACAGAUAUACUGUAUAUAUUUUAUUCUCAGGAUUGUUUUUUUUUUUUUUUUAAAUGAUACUUUCUUCAUUAGAAAUCCCACCAUCCUGCUGUUCCUCACCAGGCAUUGUGAUCACAUCCCUGAUGGUAUUACUGUAAAGUAAGGUCAGUGUAGGCUGCUGAGAAUUUUUAGGAAAUGUAGAGAAGAUGAGAAGAGUUGGGGUAAUGUGGGACUGAAGUGUCCAAAAAGUACAAAUCCUCAGCUGCAGUGGAAGCAGCUUUGGCACCUUGAUAUCUUUAGAGGGGCUUGCAUUUAUUUUCAGUUUUAAAGAGGACGAAAAGGACGGGCAAUGAAGACAUUGCAUGUCUUUUCUAUUUACAUCUAUGUAGCGGUGUUGGAUUCACUUUCAGCACAGCGAUCGUUUUUGGUUUUGUUUUUUCCUCAUGGACUUGUGCCACAUGAAUGAAGCAGGACCUUCUGAUUUCUUAACAACAGUGUGGAUUUCUACAGAGAACCCCCUUCCACACCUCCAAAUGCCAUUUUUGUCGUCUGAAAAUCAUUAAGUUUCAUGUUAAAUAAAUGUUUAUUUACCCCAGUA